AUCGGUUCAUGUUUGUGAACGAAUCGCUCACUUAAAUGAUUCCUUUGAAAACACUGACUCGUUCACAAGCAAAACACCCAAAUCAGGAAGACGGUAUCUACACGGAUCAGUUUUUUCUCCAUCCUAAAAAUGAUUGAGAGCUCAGAGGAGGACGGGGUGAAAGUGGACAUGGAAUCGUCCACAUAUUCUCAGGUGGUGUUUAUUGAUGUGCCUCCAUCUUACCCACUCUACACUGAUGUGAUCUGCAGCUACAAGCUGACAGGAGGCCUGAUCCCCAACUCUAAAGACUGGAUAGGCAUAUACAAGGUUGGUUGGGAGUCAACAGUGAAAUUUUAUUGUUAUGAAUGGACGAAGCCUUAUUUGGACUGUAAAGGAUUUGAACAGAAAAUUGUCUUUAAGCAAUCCUACCUCCCUAAAGAUGAUGGUGAGUUUUAUCAGUUCUGCUAUGUGGACAGCAAUUCUCAGGUGCGAGGAGCUAGCACACCAUUCUCCUUUCAAAACCCAGCAGAAACAAGCGUAGACUGCAGCCUUUUAGUGAUCUCAACACAGGAGCAAGUGGAACAGAUGGAGAAGGAAAAAGAGGCCUUGCUGAGUGAGAUAGAAUGUUUAAAAGAAGGGAAAGCAAUUUUAAAACAAGAGCUGGAUGAAAGACUGAAAGAGAUCUGCCGUCUCAGGUUGCAAAUUGAAAAGCUGAAGUCCAAUAGUAGAAGUGAAACACUCCCACUGACAGAGCAGCCUGAAUGUCCACAGCAGGAUACCUCAGAACAGCCUUUUCUCUCUGACACUGUGGCAGAAAACAAACCAGAACAAGAGUCGCUGACCCUUGUUCCUGAGAAAUAUGAGAGAGCUUUCCGGAAGAUUACAAUCCUGAAGCAGGAGAAAGUCCACCUUGAACAACAGCUCAAGGAGAAGGAUGCAGUGAUUUCAGAGUUGAGGCCCAAGGCCAAAAAGACAGAACAGGACUAUAACAGAUUACAAGAUUUGUUUCAACUUCAACAGGUUGACAUGCAAAAUAUUCAAAAAGACAAUGAAAUGUUGUAUCUCAAAAUUGAUGGAUUGAAAUGGGACCUGGAGAAACUGAGGGAAGAGAACAAGGCAACUCUGCCCAAGCAAGAGCCUCCUGAGGAGGACAAAAAUGACACAAAGAUGCAGAUAUUGACCCUGACCAAUGAGCUCAGAGAAGUCCGUGGAACAUUGCGCAAAGAGAUUCAGAACAGCGCAGAGGCUAACAAACGUGCAGAAAAAGCCGAGCUAGAGUUGAAAGAACUUAAGGUGCAGCUUGAGAAAAGGACUGUGGCUGAGGAAAGUCAGAUUGAGAUGGAUAUUGCUGAAGCUUGUAGGAGAAACAGUGAACAGGCAAGCAUGGCAGAAGUAGCACGAUUAGAAAAAGAAAAGCUGCUUGAAGAAAACAAGAAACUCAACGAUGAAAUAGAAAGGUUACAGAUGAUGAUGUAUGAGCUCUCAUCAGGAGUAAAUGUGAGCAACACUCAACAGCAUCAAGACCCUCUCAAUCCCGUACCUGUAUCUCCCAUCAACACCCAGCAACAACCACAGUCAGAAUCAUUUCUCUAUGAGGACAUUUGUGGAUCUUUUGGAAAUCCAACUAAUACAGGAAACAAGGAAAUGAGGUGCUGUCAUUGUCAUGAGAGCUUCCCUGAUAUCACUGAACAUGAACUGGUGACACAUGAGCAGUCUCACAAAGUUUGUCCUUUCUGUACACUCAUCUGUGAUGACUGUGGACAGCAGGAGUUCGAAGACCACGUCUACAGCCAUGAGGAAUAGACAUUCUAUCUAUAUCUGGAAAUAUUUCUUACUACUUAUAAUUUUAUUGUAAUAUUUAUCUUUUGACUUUCAGUUCUAUUCAAGGUAUAAUACUUUUUUUUUCAAAUAUUCUCUUAGAAAUCAUGCUUUGUCCAAGGUUCUUGGAUAGUUUGGGGCUGGGUUUUUGCUAGUGGGUUGAAAGGCUGGUAAUAGAUGUACGUGAUGUAAUAGCUGCACACAGGUCUGGAGACUUUACUUGAUUUGGCACUAUAAAAAUAAACUAAUUUAAAUGCACAA